UCUCUCUCUCUCUCCCCAUACUUCUCGUGACCUUUCCCACCCUUCUCUCUCUCUCUCUCUCUCUCUCUCUCUCUAGCUUCGUCUUCUCCAACAUCUGCGGAUUAAAAGCAGAAUUUUUGAUCCCAGGUGUUCUGAAUCAUCUUCAUCAUCUUUUCUAAAUAAACAAUUUGCACUCAUGGCCACCCCUCCGGCGCCAUCCGCCGCCGCCGCACCACUCCUCGGCGGCGGCGGCGGCGGCGGCACCACCUCCGCCGCCCUCCCCGACUUCAAGCAAUCCAUCAAGCUCAAAUAUGUGAAACUUGGCUACCAUUACCUCAUAACCAAUCUCAUGUACCUCCUCCUCAUCCCCCUCCUCGCCGUCGCCGCAGCGCACCUCUCCUCUCCCUCCUCCCUCCGCGUCCUCCACGCCUUGUGGGCCCAGCUCCGCCUCAACCUCCUCUCCGCCGUCCUCUGCUCCGCCGCCCUCUGCUUCUGCACCACCCUCUACUUCCUCACCCGCCCCCGCCCCGUCUUCCUCGUCGACUUCUCUUGCUACAAGCCCGGCGACGCCUGGAGAUGCACCCGCGAGAGGUUCAUGCAAUGCACCAAGUCCGUCGCCUCGUUCACCGAAGAGAACAUCGAAUUCCAGCGAAAGAUCAUCGAAAGGUCGGGCCUUGGCGACUCCACUUACCUCCCCGGAUCCGUGCUCGACAUUCCCGGCAACCCUUCGAUGAAGGAAGCUCGAAAGGAGGCGGAAAUGGUGAUGUUCGGAGCGCUCGACGAGCUGUUCGCGAAGACCAGUGUGAAGCCUAAGGAUAUCGGGAUUUUGGUCGUGAAUUGUAGCUUGUUCAAUCCCACGCCGUCGCUCUCCGCGAUGAUCGUGAACCGCUUCAAGCUCAGGGGCAACAUCAGGAGCUACAACCUCGGGGGGAUGGGCUGCAGCGCGAGCGUGAUCGCCGUCGAUCUCGCGAAGGAUUUACUCCAAGCUCACCCGAGCACGUAUGCCGUCGUCGUGAGCACGGAGAACAUCACUCUGAAUUGGUACUUUGGCAACAACCGGUCGAUGCUCGUGUCCAACUGCUUGUUCCGGAUGGGCGCGGCGGCGAUCCUUCUAUCGAACAAGAGGUCGGACAGGGGCCGCUCCAAGUACCGGUUGGUCCACACAGUCCGGACGCACAAGGGGGCGGACGACAAGUGCUUCGCCUGCGUGACCCAGGAGGAGGAUUCGGAGGGCAAUAUCGGCGUGUCUCUCUCGAAGGACCUGAUGGCGGUGGCGGGGGACGCUCUCAAGACCAACAUAACGACGUUGGGCCCUCUCGUGCUGCCGAUGAGCGAACAGCUCUUGUUCUUCGCCACGUUAAUCGGAAAGAAGGUUCUCAAGAUGAAGGUGAAGCCCUACAUCCCUGAUUUCAAGUUGGCUUUCGAGCAUUUCUGCAUACAUGCAGGGGGGAGAGCAGUUCUGGAUGAACUGGAGAAGAACCUGAAGCUCACCGGGUGGCAUAUGGAGCCGUCGAGAAUGACGCUGCAUCGGUUCGGGAACACGUCGAGUAGCUCUCUGUGGUAUGAACUGGCCUACACAGAAGCCAAGGGGAGGGUGAAGCGGGGCGACAGGGUGUGGCAGAUCGCGUUCGGGUCCGGGUUCAAGUGCAACAGCGCGGUGUGGAGGGCGAUCAGGACCGUCAAUCCCGCGAAGGAGAAGAAUCCGUGGGCCGACGAGAUCGACCGGUUUCCCGUGGCGGUUCCGAAGGUCUCGGCUCUCUGAUUCCAGCUUGGUUCUUGGCUUGCAGAUCUGGAGAUGAAACUGCUGCUUAUCAUGUUUGGUUUUUAGGGAGAGAGGAGAGGAUUAGGAGAUUAGAAGUUGUAUUAUAAUCAUUGUGUGUGUGUGUGUGUGUGUGUGUGUUGUUGAGUUAUGGAAAUGUCUAUCUACCUACUGUUUUACUGUUUUCUGCUAUUGUAUUAUCAUUGUAGAAAGAGGGGAGGGAAGGGGUUAGAAUGCAUCUAUUUGUUCUAACUUACUCUUAGAUGUACUCUUCCCUUAACAAUCACCUGUAAUUUGUUCUUAAUUAAUCUAUUCCUAUUUUAGCAA